GUAUACUGUUUACGUGUUUACGUCAGCGUUUGAGGUUAGUUGUUUCGGCAUUUUGGGCAAAAUUUUUAUUUCAAUUAUUACUUGAAUAAUCAGUUCAACAUGGAUUUCUUGAAAAAACUACAACCAGGUAUUGAGAAGUUAAGAGAACUUGAUGCUUAUUCCAAACCUAUUGAAGAUUUUCGAGUAAAAACUGUUUCCGGCGGCACAGUUUCAAUAUUAUGCUGGUGUCUGAUAGUUUUCCUCGUGUGUCUUCGAUGCUAUGAACAUCUAUAUAAUGAAGAGACUGUUGAAACAAUUUUUGUGGAUGUAUCAAGAGGACCAAAACUGAGGAUAAAUAUCGACUUUAUUAUGAAAAAUAUAUCCUGCGAAUUUCUUGCUCUCGAUGCAAUGGACAGUUCUGGAGAGCAACAUCUUCAAAUAUACCAUAAUAUUUAUAAGCGCAGACUGGACAAAGAUGGACAUCCCAUUGAAGAACCCAAAAAGGAGGAUGUUGGAAAGAUUAUUAAGAAGGAUGAAGAGAAAUCCGUGAAUGAUACUGCUGUGGAUGUAGUUAAAUGUGGGAGCUGUUACGGUGCAGAAAGUGAAGCCUUGAAUAUAACUUGCUGUAACACUUGUGAAGAUGUAAAAGAAGCCUAUAGGAGGAGAAAGUGGAUGCAACCCAACCUUGACACUAUUGAGCAGUGCAAAAGCUUGCACGAUCCUGAGAAGAUAAAAAAUGCAUUCAGUGAAGGAUGUCAUAUUUAUGGUUUCAUGGAAGUUAAUAGGGUGGGUGGCAGUUUCCAUGUAGCUCCAGGCCAGAGCUUCACCAUCAAUCACGUCCAUGUGCACGAUGUCCAGCCAUUCUCUUCAUCAUCCUUCAAUACAUCUCAUAAGAUAAGACAUCUUUCCUUUGGUGAGAACAAGAUUGUCGGGAAAAUCAACCCUCUUGAUGACACAGAAUCAAUUGCAGAUGAAGAGUCGACAAUGUUCCAAUACUACAUAAAAAUUGUGCCUACAAUCAGAGUUCACAGAGAUGGCUCCAUCUUCGAGUCCUACCAGUUUUCAGUCACUAAGCAUAAGAAGAAUGGAGCACAGAGUGGUAUGCCUGGAUUAUUUUUUAGUUACGAAUUAUCUGCUCUCAUGGUCAAGAUUACUGACAAAGUUGUACCUCUGAGCCACUUUAUAAAUGACAUUUGCUGUUGUAUUGGUGGAGUGUUCAUUGUCUUCAUGCUCAUCGACUCUUUCUUCUACAGAUCAUCGAUGUUGUUAAAAAAAAUUGAGAUUGGAAAAGCUAGUUAGCUCUAGUUUGGUUUUUUAUGAAUAUUAAGAAAAUGUUUUAUUUAUAAGUUCUAUUGUGAUAUGAUUUAUGGUUAAAAUAAUUAUUGUCCUCAACAUCACAGAGUUUAUCUCGUAUUAUUUGUAAAACUUUUCAAGUACGCAUUAUCAUAGAGAAACAAUAGCAUAAGUAGAUAUCCCAUUGUAUAGGGCGUUUAUGUCGCAACUUUUACUGUUAUCUCAAGCUGAUAGUCCACGUAGUUCUUUUCUUUGAAGCUUUAUGACGCUGGUAGUCUCUCAUAUUGUGCCGUUCAUACACUCUUACCCGGUCAAAACAGUAACAAUCUACAGUAAUCGGCUUGAGAUAACAGUGAUAGUUGUGACAUAAACGCCCUAUACCAUGGGAUAUCUACUUACGCUAUUGUUUCUCUAUGACAUUACAUUACGACUUCUAACUUGGCUGUAGGAUGCAUUUCUGUAUUCAUAUUGUACUAACUUGUGACUAAAAUUUAUUACUCAAAUUUUAACGUUUUUAUAAAAAAUCGUGGAAUUUCCAUUAUGAUGAUUCAUAGUACAAGAAAUCACUAAGUGAUAUGACUAAUAAUAAAUUAUUUUUUCUCAAUACUGUUAACUUAAUAGUCGUAUGUAUUAUAUAAGAUAAUAAUUGAAUUAUUUUACGUGUGGUUGUCAUGAUCUUGUAUCUCUAGAUUGAAAUAAUCAAUUAUGUCUACAGGUGAUUUCCAUUAACUAGUCUACUUUCGCAGAGCAAUAAAUCGUCCACUAUAGUAUGCUCGUCUAAGUUUAUAGGUUUUAUUGUCUUUUCUAAAAUUUCAGAUAACUAUCAUUAAGUUUCAUCUUAAGCAGCGUACAGACUUACACGCCACGCAUCACACGAAUGUCUCUCAAACAUUGAUCGUUUAAAUUGAAAUCAAAUCGUUUGUGACCAGCUUGUAAGUCUGUACACAGCUAUACAGAUAAUAUGUGAAUUUCGAUGUAAUUUUUCGUAGUUUUUCAGCAGUUCGAAUUAUUGAACGAGAGAGAACUGUUGGAAAGAUUUUCAAAUGAAAAUAUAGUAAGCUACACUCUUCAAAUUAAUUGUACAAAACUGAAUGCAUGUUAGAAUAACAUGUAUCACGAUUAGUAGGUAGGCCUAUUUAGUUUUAGUGAAAUCUCCAUAGCAUUUAUCAUAAUAUUAUUAUCAUUAAGAAAUUGUAUCAUUACAUUGGAUUCCCAUUUUUGUGAAUUUCUUGUAAACGUUUUGAAUUGUACAAAUAAAAUAGAUGAAACUCA